AUGUCUCUGCCACUUUCUGGCUGGGGCAAAAACAAAUGGGUAAUUUCUAUGGGCUCGUGUGCGAACGGUGGUGGAUACUAUCACUAUUCUUAUUCGGUGCUGAAAGGAUGUGAUCGAAUAAUUCCCGUUGAUAUCUACAUACCUGGAUGCCCACCUACGGCAGAGGCGCUGCUCUAUGGUGUUCUCCAAUUGCAGAAGAAGAUAAAGCGAAAGCGUGAAGCUCAGCUCUGGUACAGGCGUUAA